AUGCAGAUGGUCGUCCUUGUGCUCUAUCUGCUGCUCUCAACGCUCUUUGGGCUCGCUCAUGCCGGCGGUGAUUUUUGGCAAGAGGUCAAUGCUUUGGUGAAAAAUCAUGAUGCGGGCGGCAUUCGAUCAUUCUUCGAGACAGGGUGGCUCCCAACCGAGGUUCAUGCAGCGCAGCACCCUGUUCCUCAGGCUUUCCAGCCGGUCUGCAACCCUCACCAUCCUCAUCUGGACGUUUUUCCGUCGUACCCUGUCACUGCUCCAGAUCCUAGGUUUGCAAGCUCUCUGCCAUCGCCUGGCAGUGAACCCGGAAGUUCAUCCCUCUCAAGCGGCCCUUACCAUCCUACCAUCCCUGAAAUCAGGCAAUACGUGCCCAAGCGAGAGGUACUACCAAGUGUCCUUUUCGAACGUUCGGGAUCAAUCGUCUUACCACCCCCUCUCAGCAUACUAGAAAGACAAUCGAUUCUCAAAGAAGCGGAAGUGGAACUCCACAGCUUGAAGCCUCGCUCAUCGAGCUUCGGUAUCUCCACUCUCCCUUUUGAUGGAGAGCAUCUCACUCUUGAGCUAGCCAGGGAGGCUAUGGGAUCCUGGAGAGCACAUUUGUUAGAGUACAAACCCGGCUACUUUGUUGUUCCGGGGAGCAACAAUGGUGCGUCCAACUUCGCUAGUAGGCACGGGAAAAUGAACCCUGUUCGAGAGGCAAAGUAUCACAUGUACAUUUGGAGGCUCUAUGAGCUCCCACGGCAGCGUCGCUUGGCGUUUCAAUUCGUGGGCAUGCUGGAGAGUAAAACCAUCAUGACACGUUCGGUGCUGCUAGGACUGAAGGCUUACAAGACGGGGCACAGUAGUCCUCUCACAGUUGGAGAUUGGGUCUCGGUCAUAGGUAAGUUGGAACUUGUGAAGAAUUCAAAUCGUGCUUUGUUGCAACCUACCACUCCUUGA